AUGGCGAAUCAGGAAAAAGAAGAUCUCGUCCUCGAUCUCCCGAAGUUCCUCAAUCCCUCCGCCGUCGAGAGUUUCUCCGAUGACAUCAUCUCCUCGGACGUUUUGCGCUCUGUGAUUCCGCCUCCUCGCACGCUCACGUCGGAGACUGACACUGAUGAUGUCGUGGCGGAUGCUUUAGUUCCCGUCGAUGGUCACGUAACUGAAGAAGACGAUGAUGGUGUUGUUGUUCGCAUUCUUGAUGAUUCGUUUUGUCGCCAGCGGAUGGUGUCUUUUGGUGAAGGUUCGCGUUACUCUAUCGGAGAUUGUAUCAAUCACGAUGGUGAUACUGAUGAUGAAGAUGACUAUAAUGAUCUUGAUGAUGAAGAUGACUAUGAUGAUCUUGAUGAUGAGCUUGUUCCAAGGAGCGUGAGCAAGAAGCUUAAAAGACAGAGGAUGCGGAAAUUGGGGAAGAGAUGUUCGUCGUAUUCACAGUUGAAACCUGGGUGUGUUCGUGGCAAGCAUGGGUUUGGCAUCAAUUUCAGAUGCUGACUGAUCGGUUCGAUUUCUUGAAAAAAUUUCAUCAAUGAAACGGUUUAGAUUUCUCAUGUUUUUUUUUGUGUAAUUG